GAGAGGAGGCGAGUGUGUUCAAGUGUUCCGUUUCCAGGGAGACGGAGUGCAGCCGCGUGGGGAAGCAGUCAUUCAUCAUCACACUGGGCUGUAACAGCGUCCUGCUGCAGUUCUCCUCACCUGCAGACUUUCAGUCCUUUUAUAAUGUCCUGAAGAACAGUCGUGGGCAUAGCAGUGAGCGCUCUGUAUUCAGUGACAGAACAGAGGAGUCCUCUGCUGUACAGUACUUCCAGUUUUAUGGCUACCUCUCCCAGCAACAGAACAUGAUGCAGGACUACGUUCGGACAGGCACUUACCAGCGGGCGAUUCUCCAGAACCACACCGACUUCAAGGAUAAGGUGGUGCUGGAUGUUGGUUGUGGCUCAGGGAUCCUCUCUUUCUUUGCAGCCCAGGCUGGGGCCAGGAAGGUCUACGCUGUGGAGGCCAGCACCAUGGCACAACACGCUGAGGUGCUGGUCAACAGUAACCGCCUAGGGGAGCGUGUGGUCGUCAUCCCGGGAAAGGUAGAGGAGGUGACACUGCCUGAGCAGGUUGACAUCAUCAUCUCGGAGCCCAUGGGAUACAUGCUGUUCAAUGAGCGCAUGCUGGAGAGCUACCUGCAUGCCAAGAAGUUCCUCAAACCCAACGGUAAAAUGUUCCCAACCAUUGGUGACGUCCACCUGGCCCCCUUCACAGACGAGCAGCUCUACAUGGAGCAGUUCACCAAGGCCAACUUCUGGUACCAGCCCUCCUUCCACGGCGUAGACCUGUCUGCCCUGCGGGGGGCAGCAGUGGACGAGUAUUUCCGUCAGCCAAUUGUGGACACAUUUGAUAUCCGUAUUCUGAUGGCCAAGUCGGUCAAAUACACAGUCAACUUCCUGGAGACCAAAGAAGAGGAUCUGUACAGGAUAGAGAUUCCCUUUAAGUUCCACAUGAUGCACUCAGGCCUGGUGCACGGCCUGGCUUUCUGGUUUGACGUGGCGUUUAUGGGAUCAGUGAUGACAGUGUGGCUGUCCACAGCACCCACAGAGCCUCUCACCCACUGGUACCAGGUGCGCUGUCUGCUGCAGUCUCCCCUCUUCACCAAGGCUGGGGAUACGCUGUCCGGCACCGCGAUGCUGGUGGCCAACAAGAGACAAAGCUACGACAUCAGUAUUGUUGCCCAGGUGGAUCAGACAGGAUCAAAGUCCAGCAAUCUCCUGGACUUGAAGAACCCCUUUUUCAGGUACACAGGCUCCACCCCAAAUCCCCCUCCUGGCUCACACUACACCUCCCCAUCCGAGAACAUGUGGAACACGGGUUCGGCCUACAGCAUGAGUCAGGGGAUGGCUGUAUCAGGGAUGCCUGCAGCUUAUGACCUCAGUACAGUCAUUGGCAGCGGCCCGUCAGUGUCUCACAACAACCUCAUCCCCCUGGUGAACACAGGCAUUGUAAACCACACUCACUCCAGGAUGGGCUCCAUCAUGAGCACAGGAAUUGUCCAGGGAGCCACUACGGGCCAGUCAGGCCCCAGCAGCAGCGGUACUUACUAUCCCGUCACCAACCAGUUCACCAUGGGGGGCGCUGCCAUCUCCAUGGCCUCACCUAUGGUCAUCCCCAGCAACACCAUGCAUUACGGCAGUUAAGACGAAGACCUCGCAAAGACCUCUUCGUCCUCCCCGCCCCUGCAUGACAAGAGACCCCCGAUCCCUCCCAGUGGCGCCCUUCAGUCCGCCCCCUCCACCCUUCAAUCCUGACUGACCCACCAACCGCAGCCAAAACCAAUAUACCAAAAGCAGUGCUGUGCUGGCACUUCCUCCUCUUGUUCGUCACCCUCAUUCUAGUCCUUCACUAUAUGAACGGUCGAACGCUCUCAUAUCCGUCCAGACUCUUGUCUUGUUCACAGACAGAAACCCCCCUCCCCCUCCCUUGGAUCCAUUGGGAUUGUAACAAGUGCACAUCCAAGAUGCACCGCAUCUAUCCCCUUCCCGGGUUUCCCCCCUCCCCCCCAACAUGUAUCUCAAUCCCUCCUUUCCCGUUCCUGUUUACGUUUUUUAUUGUGUCAUGUCAAAGUGUUUCUUCAAACCCUUCUUUCCCUGAGAAUCAACUCGUUGCCAGAUACCAGCAUCAGUCCGUACCUACAAUCCUCCUCGCCUCUUUACCGGACCUACACUGAAGCUUUUCAUUAUUACAAUAGGACACGAUUAUCAUCAACACUCAUCUCUGGGCGGCCAUCUUGGCUUUUCAUAUCUGAUUAAAAUCGUCAAGGCCCCUCUGCACUUCUUAAGAGACUAAACAGUUCCUUCAAAUCACAAAUAAUAUAGUCUAGUCAUGCAGAUCGUUUUGGUUUUAGGCAAUUAUAUCAGAAACUUAAGCUGUCUACAUGCUUAGGCACCCUAAGGUGUAUGUGGAAAAUAUGCUUUUUUUUUUUGUGACUUGGACAAACUGACCCUGCUCAUUACCCGACGUGUGGUUCUAAUUAAAAGCAGUUGUGUGAUGCGUCCCGCUAGGAUCCAUCUGAGCAUCACAUUUUGAGAGACUGGCACGUUGGUCACCUUCCAUGCUGAGUAACGAGAUAAACAAGCACCAUAAUCAGCUGUGUGUCCACUGUAGAUUGCAGCUUCCAGUCGCCUUUGCUAAUACUACAGCAAACACUACAUUGACUGGAAGUGCUGACCGUGCUAGACUAUUAGGCUACAUCACAGCAAAUGGUGAUAUGCUGUAUGCCAUAUUUAUACUCUAUUUUUAAAUCUGCUUGAAUUGAUAUUUUUGACUGCUUGGGAGCGGGGGGGCACGAGAACAAACACAGCACUGAUACAUCACUUUAUACAUUUGUUAUGCUGAACAUACUGGCUAACUGGUAUGUACUCAUCUUCCACAUAGAGAAAUAUUCUGAUCACCAGACAAAUGUUAACUCCAAUAUUCACUCUCCUCUAAACUCUGUUUUGGUCUCAGCUCCUGAGAAGAAGAUCUGGCUCUUCAGCUGCUAAAUGCUCCACUGUGUUCACCAGCUAGUCGCUAACUUUUCCCAUCUGUUUGUUGCCUGGCAGACUGUUUACAGUGGCUUUAAUCAGAGCUUUUUCACUGAAAACAGCUGCCUGUUGCUGGUGGAAACAAGGUUGAUAGAGGCGCUUUUGGAGCGAACCAAAACAAUCAAUUUGUGGGCCAUGGAACCAAAAAUGGAAGACGCUAAAAAGCUACGUAGAGCUGAGAGCAGCUGCAGAGUUUGGUGAUGUUUCUCUGUGGGUUCAGCAUGAGCGACACCUUUCACAUCUCACACAGUCAUUUGAUUCAUAGUCACUUUAAAUAAUAUUGACUAGUAGCAGCUUUAAAUAUGCUUGUACACCUCACCCAUACCCACGAUGUGGUUAGCCUAGCUUGGCUCAAAAACUGCUAUCCUAUUUGUAUCUGAAAUUAAAAUAUACACCUCCCAAAAACUCCUUAGUUAAACUUUAUAUAUUGUUGAUUUAAUAUGUAAAAAAAAAAAUAUAAAAAUAAAAUCGUAAAAACAAGGCGUUUUCUGAUCAUUAUGCUGGAGCCUUUUUUUUCAGCUGGGUGCCGUGUCCGCACGCAGCAUCUCAAAAAAUCCUGUCCUCAUAGUGGGGUUGCCAGGUUUGAGCACCGUCCAAAGUGAACAAAAAUCCAGGUGACUCUUUUUAUCUCCUCUUACAGCCAAUUAAUGAAAGGAGUUGUUGGAAGGUGUAUUUUGUCUAGGCUAACCUUUUGUCUCCGAGAUAUUUCUCUGUACUAGAAAUUGAAUACAUAUCUCUUUUUCAUCACUGUGGGUUGGAUGGUGAACAAGCAUAUUUCCUAAACUCUUGGACGGUUUAGAGCUGCCACAGGUUAGAAUUCUCUCACUUUUUAAGGCCUCAGAAUGCUUCAGCUGUGCGUCGUACGAUCGCAUCUAAAGGGAAAAGUGUUUAUAGCUGUUCUGAAUGGCCACAUCUGUCAUAGCCACUGCCUCACUGAUGUGUGUCUUUGUGUAGUCUUUAAUCGUACAGUACUUUCAGUCUCUCUGUAAAAGCAUUCUUGGUGUUGUCCUUGGUUGUACAGACAAAAAGUGACAGUCGUAGUUGUGUGAAUAAUAAAAACAAACAAACAUAGCUUUAUAGAGAACUUUGAACCCUGCUUUCAUACCUGUGCAGUCAGCUAAUUGCUGCUUUUAGUAGGCGCGCUUGUCGGAUUUGUAGAGGUUACAAAAUUGGCAGAUCUGACGAGCACUUUGAAGCAUACAGAGGCCUUAGGCAAUCCCAUGAGACGCCAAUCUAUGAGGGACUUGUGGAUGAUCUUGGUGUUUUCUUGAUACCCAGCACGGAAGUUGACCAGUGGGACACACGCCAAAAUCUUUGUGUCUUUGUUAAAGCCAGUCCCAUAAACCUGAAACCUUCUGCUGGAAUCCAUCGCCUGUUCUCUUUACCCAGUUUUUUUUAUUUAAGCUGAGAGGACAUUGCAGCAGCUCCUCCCCGGCCAGUCAUUUGUUUGAGCCAGAUUGCUCCGGCACAGUUGGAGGAGGAAGAUUCUAGAAGACACCAGUAAGGACCAAUGACCCAGGUGGCAGCCAGCUGGCUGCCGGAAUGAGGAAAAAAACUGUGCUGGAUUGGCAGCGUCCUCGUUUACAUCCUCGCUUCCUACCCCUGCUCUCUCCUCCCAACCUCCUUUGAGACUGAGUGACUGUCGCAAAGAGACUUCAAUGUCGAGGCACGGGAGACGGGUCGCCUCCCCCCUCGUCUGUUCACUAUGUAUGACCUCCAACAUAUCAUGCCCCCACUCCCCGACGCACCUGAUGCCCCUUUCCCCCUUUUAUUGGUCAAGGAGAGAAAGACUGACACGCGUAUGCAUUGCUUCCAGUGUCGCAACUGUUGGACUCGGUUCAUUUGGAAUUUAUGAGUUAGUACGUUUUAAGAGAGCUGAUAAAAAAAAAAAAUGUCUCUUUGUAGGAUUAACCUUUUUGUUGUCUUUAUUUUGUUUUUUCUUUCACAAAAAACAACAAACUGAAAAAAAGAGAGCAAAUUAAAUGUGGUGGCGAUGUUCCAAAACCAUCCUGGAAUCAGGCGUUGUAGUACUUUAAUUUGUUCACUCUAGUUUGUUAAAUAGACUGUGACACACCCAGAUGUUUACCGUGUGGUAGCUAGCCUAUAGCAAUCAUGUCCCUUUUGUCAUGGAGUCAUUGCUUUUUGUAGUCAAUAGUGGCCUCCACUUUUAUCAUGGAAAAGUGUACGAGGAAGACUGUGUGUCAUGUUCUGUCUUUUCUGUGUGUUGACCAACCAGUAAUAACACCUUUCUCACUGUCUGA